AAUUUCCAGGAACCAUGGCAGCCUCUAAUAUUACCUCAACCCAUCCAGCUGCCUUCCUGUUGGUAGGAAUUCCAGGUUUGGAGCACCUGCAUGUCUGGAUCUCCAUUCCUUUCUGCUUCGCCUAUACUUUGGCUCUUCUGGGAAACUGCACCCUUCUCUUCAUUAUUCAAGCUGAUGCAGCCCUCCAUGAGCCCAUGUACUUGUUUUUGGCCAUGCUGGCAAUCAUUGAUCUUGUCCUUUCUUCUACAACACUUCCCAAAAUGCUGGCUAUUUUUUGGUUUAGAGAUCGAGAAAUAAACUUCUAUGCCUGUCUGGUCCAGAUGUUCUUUCUUCACUCCUUCUCCAUCAUGGAGUCGGCGGUGCUGCUGGCCAUGGCCUUUGACCGCUAUGUGGCCAUCUGCAAGCCACUGCACUACAGCACCAUCCUCACCGGGCCACUUAUCACCAAGAUCGGCUUGGCUGCUGUGACUCGGGCUGUGACACUCAUGACUCCACUCCCCUUUCUGCUCAGACGCUUCCACUACUGCCGAGGUCCAGUGAUCGCCCACUGCUACUGUGAGCACAUGGCCGUGGUAAGGCUGGCCUGUGGGGACACUCGCUUCAACAACAUCUAUGGUAUUGCUGUGGCCAUGUUCAUAGUAGUGUUGGACCUGCUUUUUGUUAUUCUGUCUUAUAUCUUCAUUCUCCAGGCAGUUUUACAGCUUGCCUCUCAGGAGGCCCGCUACAAGGCCUUUGGGACAUGUGUGUCCCACGUAGGUGCUAUCUUGUCCACCUACACACCUGUGGUCAUCUCCUCAGUGAUGCACCGUGUGGCUCAGCGGGCUGCCCCGCAUGUCCACAUACUACUUGCUAUCUUUUAUCUUCUUUUCCCACCCAUGGUUAAUCCCAUCAUCUAUGGUGUCAAGACCAAGCAGAUUCGUGAUCACGUGCUCAGUCUAUUCUGGAGAAAGAAUGUAUAGAUAUUUUUUUU